AUGUCCGACGACACACAGCGGAACCCAGUGCCAGAGAGCAACAUGGUCAAGACAGAGGAAGUCAUCGACGCCUCAGACGAGGAGGUCGCCAAGAGCCAGGCUUUGAUGCAGGCCGUUGCUGAAGGCAAAGUCGAGACUGUCGAGAAGCUGCUCAAGGACGGCGCCAACCACAGUGCCCGCGCGGCUCAUGGCAGGACGAUGCUGCACUUUGCGACCAUGGUUGGUAGUCUUCCAAUUGUCAAGUUGCUGUUGAGCUAUGGACACCCUUGGAACCUGGUCGAUGAUGACUACAAGUCUGUGGGAGAAUAUGCCAAGUCGUUCAACCAGCCCGAGAUCUACGACUUUUUGUUGGAGGAGGGAGUCCGUACAGAGCUGUUGAUGGGUUUGAUGCAGCGGAAACUAAAGAUGGAGCUCCUCGAGGCUCAGUAUGACGACGACGAGGAAGAAGAGGAAGAAGAUCAGGAAGACAAGAAGGAGGAGAAGAAGGAUACCAAGGAUACCACGACAACAACAUCAGAACAGGAGGAUCACGACACCACGGCAGAAGAGGAAGAACCGGCUUCAAAGAAACAAAAGGUCGAGACAUUACCCGAGGUCCCUAAUGCCGAGUAUCUAGCACAACCUCUUCAAUAUACCGAGGAUGGCGACCGUCUUCUGGACGCAGAGAAGAACGGUGUCAUGAUGGGCUGGGAACUCCCCCUGAUGAUCCGCCAUGCCGAAGUGAUCUCCCCCGAGAAGGGUCUCCGGGUACUCAAUGUUGGAUUUGGUCUAGGCUUGGUGGACACUGAGCUCCAAAAGUACUCUCCCUCGGAGCACACGAUUAUCGAAGCCCACCCAGACGUGUAUGCACAUAUGAUCAGGCAAGGAUGGGACAAGAAACCCGGUGUCAAGAUUCUUUUCGGACGGUGGCAGGAUGUGGUUGACCAGUUAGAGGUCUACGAUGGCAUCUUUUUCGACACAUUUGGAGAGUAUUAUGAGGACUUGCGGGCGUUCCACGAGAUUGUGCCGAACCAUUUGGAGGAAGGAGGGAUCUACUCGUAUUUUAACGGUCUGGGAGCGACGAACCAGUUCUUCCACGCAGUGUAUAACCGGAUCUCGGAGCUCGAGUUGGGCGAGAUGGGAUUCACGGUCGAGUACGAGGAGAUGGAUAUUGGACUGAAGGAGGAGGAAUGGAAUGGUGUCAAGCGUGCCUACUGGACCCUUGACAAGUACUACCUCCCUAUCUGCCGUCUCGAUGGCUUCUAG